GAAUGUUGUUCAGCUGACAGAGAAGAAUGUGAUGAUGUCGAUUUUCCAGUUUGCGAUAGUGAAGGGCAUACGCAUGCCAAUAUUUGCAAAUUUGAGCGUGCAGCGUGUCUGUCACGUAAGCAUCUGAAAAAAAAUUUAACAAUACGUUACCAAAAUGAAUGCUGCAUAGAUGAUUGCAAUAGUGAAUUGCAAAUAAAAUAUACGCCACUUUGCGAUAAUAUUGGACAAAGUCACAAAAAUUGGUGCAAAUUCAGAGUAGCCCAAUGCGAAUAUGAACGUAUUAACAGUGGUCGCAAGUUAUACUUAGCAUAUAAAGACGAAUGCUGCAAAAUUUCACGUGAUAGUUAUUGUAAUUUGAGUGGACCAAUUUGUGAUUCCGAUGGCAAAACGCAUCUUGAUUUAUGCGAAUUUCAUUAUAAACAAUGUCUUCUUGAGAGAACAGGAUAUAAAACAAUCACGAUUGAUUAUUAUGGUACUAAUUUAAAAUCAUACAGAUUAAUAAUGAAGAAUUUGUAUUCAACAGAGCAGUACUACUUUUUCAGCACUUAA